AUGGAGACUGACCGCUAUGCUGCCUACCUGUCCAUCAUGGGUUCAACCUCAGACCUCUCUUCUGAUGAAGAGGAUCUUAGUCAUGCGUAUGUAGCCACAAGGGUAUCUGAACAAACAAAAACAGAAUCAGCACAGGAAGUCCUCCUCAGUCUUGCAUCUCAAAUUGAUGCCACCCAGAGAUGCAGAUUCAACAUCAACAGGUCCUCAGUGCUAGAUGGUGCUCUUCGGGCCUUCAAGAGGCUGUCCUACAAUCCCAAGUAUCAGAUGAAUAUCAAGUUCUCUGAUGACUUGGGACUGAGUGAAGAGGCUGUGGACCUUGGUGGCCCAAGAAGGGAAUUCCUGCGUUUGCUUAUGGAAGCCCUUGCAGUGUCACCAAUAUUUGAGAGGAGGCCAGGGAGAUUGAACCUAGCAUUGGACAGCACAGCUUUAAGAGAGGAUCGAUAUUUUAUUGCUGGGCAGGCCAUUGCUGUAAGCCUGGUACAUGGCGGUCCUCCACCAGGAUUCUUUACACCAGCGCUGUACUCCCAUCUGGUUGGUGGCAGUUCCACGAUAAAGCCUGUUCUGGAGGACAUUGCUGAUGCGGACCUCUACGAGAAAGUAAAAAAGGUGUCUGAAAGUACGUAUUUUGAGGAUCUGAUGCGUGCCACGGAACCACUGCAAGAUUAUCUGGCAAAUGCUGGGUGUCUCAGGCCAUUAAAAUGCAUUGACGACAGAGAUCUGUUGGUUCAAGAUAUUGUCAUGUUUCAGGUGGUCCACAGAGUCUCUGGGGCAUUUGAAAGAUUUAAAGAGGGACUGAAAACCCUUGGUGUCCUGGACGCCAUGAGGACGUACCCGGAGAGUUUUAGACCCUUGCUGUGCCAUCAACCACCUCCACUCACAGCCAACUCCAUGGAUCAGCUUUUCAAAAUUAGACUGUCUGUAGCGGGAAGCAAGAAGAGAAUGGCAGAGGAACGUGUUGUGCCAUUUUGGAGAGAUUACUUGCUGGACAUUGAGGAGGAGGCCGGAGCCUCAAAGCUAAGCGAUGUCUUAGCCUUUGCAACUGGUGCAAGCAUCGUCCCACCAAUUGGCUUCUCUCCUCGACCAACAAUUGAUUUCCUACACCACCAGUCUGUAAGCCCAGGACGCUGUUUGCCUAUGGCCAACACAUGCAUCAACUGUCUGAAGCUGCCACUUUGUGACACAUACACUGAGUUCAAAGACAGUAUGGACUAUGCAUUAGAAAAUACUCAGGGUUUUGGUCGAGAUGAUAAUGUAGAAGCUGUUGUAAUGAUAUGGAGCAGCAAAGGAGACCCCAAGGUGAGUACGGGGAAGCCCAUGUAUCAUAGCCCAGCUGCUAUCUCCACACCCAUUCACGGGCCAUCGGUCCCUGGCCAGAGUAGGCAGAGCCUCGGCUGCCUGGAUGAAUUCUUCAAUGGCCACUUGGACCCCACCAAAAUCAUAAUUGGUCAAAAAGGUCUUGGGGGAAGGCAACCACCUUCUGGGCUCCCCUUCGCCAACACUCUAGGCCUAAUUCAAGACAAAGAUAUUAUUAGUGUUGUUGACAGGUACCUCAGGUGGAUUAAGGACUUCCUCACCAGAACCCAGUGUGUCAGGAUCAGCCACCACACCUCCUCCAGCAUCAGUCAGCAUACACCGGCCUCCCCCAGGGCUGCAUCCUUAGUCCAGCAGGACACCUCGCACCCCAGACACUCCCUGUUCCCCAUUUUCCCCUCAGGCAAUAACUAUGUGCAAUAA